ACCAGACCCCAUUACUCCGCCACUGUGCUCGUUUAUAAUACAUUAUGUUUUUACCAAUUUAACCAUUACGCAUCUAGUGGUUUAUUAUUGACUGUGCAAUCGAAUGAUUUUGUGUAUUUUCAUGUGCAUAUUACCGAUCUAAACUUAUCAACAACAACACCCAAUGUUAAAACCGAGCAACAAACCAAAAGCCGUGGCUACAUCAACAACAACUACAAACUAGUAGCCUUUUAUCGAUUUCACCUGAACACAGUACUUAGCCCGUAGAUAAUGGAGGUGUCGGCCGAUCCGUACGAGCAGAAACUUUACCAGAUGUUCCAAAGCUGCGAGACAUCGCAACGCAAGAGCGGCCUGCUGGACGAAGUUUCGCUGACGCGCCUCUGCCAGCUGCUGCAGCUGCGUGAUCAGGGAUCGGCGCUGAUCUCUAAUCUGACCGCCAGUGGUAGCUCCAAGCUGGGUGUUUCGUUUGAGCAAUUCAAGGUAGCUCUGCUUAAUUUCUUGGGCACAGAGUUCGACGGCUCAACAGCGCGUCCCGGAUUAAGCACACCAUCUGGACUUAAAGAGCGUUCUUUGGUGAUAAGUGACGAAUCACCCGCCAACACAUACAAGGAGAGCCCGCCGGAGGGCGAGGCGUCUGAUCGUGAGGUUUCGCCCAAGCUUAUCGUGGGCACCAAGAAGUAUGGCCGCCGCUCACGGCCCCAUCAGAUUGGCCUCGACGAAUUACCCGUUACGGACUCGGAUAAUACAGAUGAGGAUCAGCAGCAAAGUCUUAACGGUUUUAACGCGCACAUCGUCCAGGUGCAACGAUCGUCGUCACAAAGUGAUCUGCCUGGCAGCCGGUUCCUGCACUCAAUCUACUACAGCGGCAGCAAGCUCAAGCGCUGCGCCUCGCUACCAGCACGCAAGAAUCUGCAAUCCAAAAUGAUCAGCACAACAACAACGGCGAGCACGACAGUCGGUGCGCAAGUCGACAAAAGCAGCACCAAAAGAAAUCUCAGAGAGGCAACAAAAGAGUGCAGCAGCGUCGAGUCGCUAGAUCUAAUGACCCCACAUCAUUUGGAAAAAAUUAGCGCGCAAGUUAUCGUUGACACCUGGGAAAUGGCAAAUAUAGUUAAUAGUGUAGGUCUGUUGCACGCUCUGGGCUUCGACGAGGACGAGGUGAACCUACAGCAGCUGACCAAAGUCCUGGAAGAAGAGAUACGCGGACUUGAGCUAGAUGCACAUGCAAAUGUGUUGCGUGCUCUGGUGGCGCUCCAAACCUUAGAGCUGGGAUCGCUGCGACAGGCAUAUCGUCAACAGCAUGAGGAAAAUCUUAAGCUUCGAUCUGAUAAUAAGGCAGCCAAUCAGCGAGUGGCGAUGUUGGCCGCCGAGGUGGAUGAAAGACAUGCAAUUUUGGAGGACAACUGCAAGCAGGAAGUCCAUCAACUGGAGCAGAGACACGCAAGUAUGGUGCGUGAUUUAACUCAGCGCAUUACAAGCGAUCGCGACCAUUGGACCAGCAUGACUGCGAGACUGGAAGCUCAGAUUAGAAGCCUCGAGCAAGAGGAGAUCAAGCUGAAGACUGAGCUAGAGCUGGUGCGGGCUGAAAAUACUGAGCUCGAGUUGGAACAGCAGAAGGUCCACCUGCAAAUGACUGAGGUACUGGAGCAGAACAUUAAGCUGAAUCAUGAGCUGGCUAAGUGUGAGCCAGUUAUUAAAUUGGAAAACAGUGAACAUGCUGGCAACGGCAGAGAUAAGACUUCAGAGGAUGAUGAGAUUUUGGUCGUUAUGGAGCAAAUGGCAGCAUUGAAAACGGAGAACGCACAGUUACGUGACAAGACCGAUGAGUUAACAAUGGAAAUUGAGAACUUGUAUGUUGAUCUGGCUCGUACAAAGUCAAGAAAAAAGGAUGCUGCAACUGUUGGUGUGAUUGCCUCAGCUGCGGACUCUGCCGAAUGUGAAGAACUGGAGGCUGUUAGCGUCGGAUUGGCCACCAAGCGACGAGGCGAUUCGCCCAGCAAGACGCACGUACUUGGCGAAAGUCCGCGUCUGGGAAAACAGCGCAAGUGUUCGGAAGUAGGCGAGUCCAGUGACAACAGCAGCGAUUGGUUGGCGCUUAACUCUGAACUGCAAUGCUGUAAAAGUCACGAAGAGGAGCUUGCUGCUCUGCGGCUGACCGUCGAGCAGUUGGAACUAAAGCUACAGGCGGCAACCUCAAAGGCUGCCGACACUGCUAAAAGCGAUAGCAAUAGUCGUGCCACCACGCCGGAGACACGCUGCAAGGAGCUAGAAAACAGUUUGGAGCAAAUGCAGCGCGCUUACGAGGAUUGCGAGGAUUACUGGCAAACCAAACUAAGCGAGGAACGGCAAAUGUUUGACAAGGAGCGCCAACUUUAUGAAGAUGAGCAGCUGGAAAGCGACAAAAAGUUCACCGAGCUGAUGGAAAAGGUGCGCGAGUAUGAGGAACAGUUUAGCAAAGAUGGCCGGCUGUCGCCAAUUGAUGAGCGCGAUAUGCUGGAACAGCAAUACGUUGAGCUCGAAGCGGAGGCCACGAAUCUGCGGAAUAACUCAAUUCGCAUGCUAGAAGAAAAGUCUCUCCAAAUAAGCGCAUUACAGAGUGAGGUGGAAGACUUGCGUACACGCCUAGGCGAGAGCGUAGAAAUAUUAACUGGCGCAUGUGAGCUCAAUCCGGACGUACUCGAUCAGAUAACUGCACAGUCUAGUCAAAGGCCAGCCAGUUCGCCCAUCAGCUACCUGUGGCACCAAAGCACAAUCCAGGAACCACUUAAAUCGUUCGAUGCUGCUAACGGAGAAAGCACUCCCAAGGUCCUGACACUCCUGUGCGAGUCUCCUAGCCACAAAUUAACCAGCCGAAACAAUCUUACUACGUCGACGACAUCCAUAUUUAGUACCACGCCUCGAGGCACUUUAUCCUCGGGCCAAUCACCCACAAACAGUGAUACAAAAUAUACUUCGUCAACAAGUGUUUGUACGCCGGCGCCCAUUUGCAAGCCCAAAUGUUCGUCGGAAGGCGAAAUCGCGGAUAGUGAGACCUCAUCAACUGCAUCGAACAAGAGCUUUGAUUCGCACAGCGUUGUGUCCACCAGCAAAGCGUCUUGCUUCAGUCAUGAAAAGUGCAGUAGUCCAAGUGCUCUGAAGGAGGAACUGAAACGUCUUAAGUUCUUUGAGCUUUCACUCAAGGAGCAGAUAAAGGAUCUGAGUCUGCAACGUGACGGUUUGGUCAUGGAAUUGCAACAGUUGCAGGAAGCACGUCCUGUUCUUCAGAAAGCAUAUGCGCGAACAACACAUCCGACGCUUCAGCAGCGACUUAAUCAGCUAGAGCUGCGGAAUCGUCAUUUACAGAAUGUGGUUAAGCAACAGCAGAAAUAUACCGAGACUCUGAUGCAGCAAUCCUGGCGACAGCAUCAAGUGGAUCUCAACGAGUUGCACGGUCGUAUUGAAGCACAGGCUGUCCUGAUUGCCGAUCAGACGCAGCGUCUUCAGAACGCCGAUAUUCUUGUGAAGGAUUUGUAUGUGGAGAAUUCGCAUUUGACCGCUAAUGUUCAGCGACUCGAGCAGCAGAGAGCACGCGUUAAUCUCAUUCAUCAACAGCAACAGAAACAGCACCAUGUGCCUGCCUUAAGCGAUCCAUCUGGAAUUCCGUAGGAGAAACGCACCAGAGAUUAAAUGAAAAGACACAUCGAAGUAAUACGAUAAUAUGUACCAAUACACUAGGCAACAUUAAUGCAGUGAUAUUCUUCAGAGUAUUUACAUGAUAUUUUCUUGUUUGUAUUCACACAUAUAUAUAAUUAUAUAUGUUCUCGAUAUGACUAAAUGUUUUUUGCUGCAGAGCACCUAAAGAAGCAGAACGGAACAAUCGACUGUACCGAUUUUUAUAUCAUAAAUCUACUAAUUGAACUUCA